GAGGAGUACUUAUGGAAGCUUUUGGCCUUCGGAGAUGGCAAUGAGGAAGAACGGAAAGCCUUUCGCCCCCGCUUAGCCAGCGUAGUCAGCCCCAGCCUGAGCCCGACGCCGACGCUCAGCCGAACGCCGAGCCUGAAGCGGAGCCAGACGCCGGUGGCCAGCGAGAGUGCACUCUCCAGCACCUCCUCCCCAAAAAGUUUUCCUAAAAUAUUUCAGACAUUUAAGAAAGACAUGUCUGAAACGAAUUUAGAUAGGGCUGUCUAUCACAAUCUGUAUCCAAGAAUUCCAACAUCAGUACAAACAGAAGAAAGUUGGCUUCAAGAAUUGUCAGGCGCGCAGCAGCUGAAGAAGGAAGUGCCCUCUGUAAAGAAGGAAGAUGAACCUGAAAAUCUAGCUUCUAAAUUAAGAGCAAAAUGGGUAAUUAACCCAGAAGAGCCAAAACUAAAUAUUUUAUGUGAGCUGGAGUUUAAGGAAGACUUCAUAACACUUUUUGAGCCCUCUCUGAGAACACUACCCAGCAUCGGGCCACCAUCUAUUCUCACAUUCAAUCAAGAGAGCUCCAAUUUAGGCAUUAAGUUCAAGAGAGAAGAGGAGGAGGUAUCGCCCACGUGUGAAUUCUGUGGGAGCGAUCUAAGAACAUUUCUCUCCAAUGUGGAUCUUUCCUGUGACUACAAUAGCUCUGAACUAGUAGAACAUACCUCCUGUUGUAGUUAUUUCCAAAACCUGAUUGACUACAUCUAUGAGGAAAAACAAAAAAUCCAAAAAAGCUCUAAAGCUGAAUUAAUCUGUAUUGACCCUCAUGCCGCCCAUGGCAGUGAAGUCGACAGACUCAAAGCAAAGGAAAAAGCUUUGCGGAGAAAACAGGAGCGACAAAUGGCCAAACACUAUGCAUUAUUAACAAAAGGACAGACUACUUUCUCUGAAGAAGAUGCAAAGCAGUUUAAAACAAUUUCUUAUCAACUUUCCACGGAUAUUCCAGAAGUAGAGUCAGCUAAGGAAGAACUAACUGAUUAUCAACUAGACAAAAGAAAUAUAUCCAUUGUUUGUUGUGAUUCUAGGACAGCAUGUGGAAAGAUCAUGACAAAUGAGCUCUUUGAAAAGCACUACAAACACGGGAGCAAGUUUCUGACUUCAUUUCCAGAUGGGACAACACAAAUAUUCUACCCAUCUGGAAACCUAGCCAUCAUCCGAGUGCCCAAUAAGAUAAAUGGCUUCACUUGCAUAGUCCAAGAAGACAUGCCCACUAACCCUGCAAUCCUGGCAGUGCUAGAUUCUUCGGGUAGAAGUUCCUGCUAUCAUCCCAACGGAAAUGUCUGGGUAUACAUCAAUAUCUUGGGCGGUCAAUGUUCAGAUCAAGCUGGCAACAGAGUAAGGGCUUGGAAUUGGUCAAGUUCCGUCACUUCCUCACCCUUUGUUUCAUUUAAACCUGUCUUUCUGGCUUUGAACCAUUAUGUUGGAAUCCGCAUCUUAGAACAAGACAAGAUUUCAAUCACUUUUCUAGCAAUGGGCCAACAGGCAAGAAUCAGUGUUGGAACCAAAGUGAAGCUACCAAACCCUAAAGAGAUUCCAGCACUCCGACACCUGAACGGGGACGACCUUCUUCUGCUGGCCAGUUCAAUAAAGAUCCGACGCCUGUUUCAUAAACUGGAAGGAUGUGUGAAUUUCCCCUCCAGCCAGGUUUGGGAAAAAUUAAAGCAACCUUCCUACCUUUCUUCACUUUCUCUAAAACUAAUUGCCCUUUGUCACAAUUCUGGUAUGAAGCAAGAUACAAUAACAACAAUAGCAGCUUUGAUAAAUGAAAACAUUUAA